AUGGAAAUUCCGAAAGACGAGGAUGCUAGUGAAGUUACCCGGGGUACCACAUUGGAAAUCUUCAAACAUCUUUCCAUGACUCCCGCCUCAAAACAGUUCAGACUUUGUCGAAAGAGUGAUUUUACAUUGACAGCUAGGUAUUCUAACCCGGAUACAUUACACAUCAAAAAUCCCCUAAUCGGAGUGUUUAGAAUUACAAAUAUUGUUCCAACUCCACCAGAUGUUUCGUGUCUGGUGAAAAUCAAGGCUAGAGUGAACUCAAAUGGUAUCUUCACGAUCAGCAGCGCAGAUAUUAUGGAGAAAGUAGAAAAGGAGGUUGAGGUUCCAAUUGAGGACUCGAAACCAGAUACUUCCAGCGUCGCUAACGCCAGUGGAACUGAAAUGGAGACUGAAACUCAUUCUUCGGAGCAGCCUCCAGCGGUUGGUGCAGCAUCUGGCGUUGCUGAGGCGGCUGUCGCGAAUCAGUCGCCUCCAAAACCCAAGACUAGACUGGAGAAAAAAAUUGUCCUUCGCCCUCGUGGUGUUCCAGUUGAUGCGACGACCUCUCAGCUAACUCCAGAUCAAUUGCUCGAGUUCACAGAUUUUCAGGCGAGGCUUAAUCAGAGCGAUAUGAUUGAACGCGAGCGUCAGGACUUGAAGAAUGCACUCGAGGCGUAUGUAUAUGAGAUGCGAAGCAAAUUGGAGACGUGUUUGCAACACUACACAACGGAAACGGAACGUGAUUCCUUUAACAAGGCGCUUACUGACACUGAGGAUUGGAUUUAUGAUGAAGGUGAAGAUGCUAAGAAGUCAACCAUUUCGAAGCGUCUCAAAGCUCUUCAGCAGACGGGUGAUCGGUAUUGUCUUCGCUUCGCGGAGGCUGAUAGUCGGCGUCCUGCAAUCGAAGCUCUAGCUAACUCGUGCGAAAAAGUCAAACAGGUGGUGGAAGAUUAUGCGGCUGGUGAUCCGCAGUAUGACCACCUGUCCAAGGAAGAUAUGGCAAAGGUUGAGAACACUUUAAAGACCAUGCAGCAGCGUCUUAAUGCCUUCGUUGAGGCUGCUAAACAAUUGCAUCCCACCUCGGAUCCGACUGUUUUUGUGUCUGAGCUCUAUAACGCGCAGAAGGAGUUGGAGAGCAUUUGCAAUCCGAUAAUUACGAGGCCAAAGCCGGCUCCGCCACCACCCAAGCCUGCGGACAACGGUGGUUCCAAGACUGUUGGCAGAGCAACGGAAGAUGGGGAGGGCAAUGUGGCCUCUCCUAAAUCCGGCAAAACUCCCAGUGUUCCUAACGGAGGUGAAGUACCUGACUCCACGUCGGCCACCACUCUUGCUGGUGGUGAGGACAUGGACGUGGAUUAG